AUUAAUUAAACCGUUAGUAAAAAAUUAUUGUUUGUUUGUUUUCCGAGCAAAGAAGUGAGAAAAAAGAAGAAAACCUUUGGAAGAAAAGUCUUCAAAUUCUCCUCCUUUGAAGAAAAAGAUCGGACCUGAGAAAAGGUAAGAGAGAAGAUAGGAUCGGCCUUGGAUUAGAAUGAGCUAGCGGCGUUGAAUUCCGGCAAUGGAAUCGGAGACAGUGUUGUCGGGCGACGAGCAGCAGGCGGUUGGUCAGGCAGCCGAUACUCGAGGCAGGCACCGAAUUCUGGCUGAACUGAACCGGGUCGAGCAAGAAUCCAACUUCCUCGAGGAAGAGAUGGAAGAGCUUGAGAGAACAGAUAAUGUGUCCGCUGUGUGUGAGGAGCUGCUGCGUGACAUUGAGAGCAGACCCGAUCCACUGCUCCCAUUAACAAAUGGUGCUAUGAAUCCAUCAUGGGACAGGUGGUUUGAAAGGCCCCAGGAUUUGGAAGGCUGUAGUUGCCAGAUUCUCUAAUCUGAAGUUGUCUGACAUUUGACGUUGAUAUAUUCUACAUAACAGAGAUGUUGACCUUUUAUGGCACAAUUGCAAUCUUUGCAACAAUUGAGUUGACUAUUCCACUGUAUGCAAUACAACAAUUUUUUGGAUGACUCAUUGAAUUUGCAAUCUACUUCAUGUUAGAUAAUAUCUG